AUGUUGUACUUCUUCCAUCACUACGAGUUGCCGGUGAUACUACAGCAGGCUCAUUUGCAACAAGUUUUACUUCGAACUCACCACGGUAUGGGUGGUAUGAUGGGUUUAGCAGGUAUAGCUGCGUUAGCCAGUGGCGCUGCGUAUCACGACGCUCCCGGCACUGGGACACAAGCCACACCACCUACCACUCAAUCUACCACCCAGACAGUCCAAAACACUGUUCAAUCGACCACUCAAACAUCACCCUCUGUAUCAACGGUCCAAACAAAUACGACUCACACUGGUGACGUGUCCACUAGAGCUACUUCCACCGAAACUAUAGCGAGUGGAACUAACACUACGACCACAGACGAUGAAAGACCUGUGACAGCAACAGCCGCUGAAGUUACCAACGACAAAAAUACAACUGGUGAUGGAAUACAAAUAGAAGAGAUCAAGAGGAAGACUUCUCACGAUGAUAUCAAAGUCGUUAAAAGCACCAGCUCGUCUGCAAUCACAGAUGACACAGAACCGGGUGGUACCAACGAUAUAAUGAACAUCAACGAACGGAAACUAAAUAGUUUGACGCUCGACCGGAGACGAUCUGAGAUUGGAACCAAUGAACGUGACCCACCAGAUGAGUCUGGUGAAAUAACUAAGAACAUAGCACCUCGAGCGUCACCCGAGGCUGACGAUUUAGACUAA